AUGGCCACCCAAACCCCCGCCGUUGUCAUGGACAACGGCACGGGGUUUUCCAAGCUAGGUUUCGCCGGUAACGACUCACCUUCGUUCGUCUUCCCGACCGCGAUUGCGACCAAGGGCCCCGCUGGCGGUAGCGGCGGUUCGGGCUCGGGCCGUCCCGCUGUCGCGAACAAGCCGUCCUUCCUUACCGGCGGAGCUGGCCCGACAGGCCAUCUGGCGGCCAAGCGCGGGACUGAGGACCUCGACUUCUUCAUUGGCGACGAGGCGAUCGCAGCUGCUUCCGGGCCCGGCUACGGACUGCAUUAUCCGAUCCGGCAUGGGCAGAUCGAGAACUGGGAUCACAUGGAGAGGUUCUGGUCCAACUCGAUCUUCAAAUAUCUCAGGGUCGAACCGGAGGACCACUACUUCCUCCUCACCGAGCCGCCACAGCCCCUGAACCCUCCCGAGAACCGAGAAAACACGGCCGAGAUCUUCUUCGAAUCCUUCAACUGCGCCGGUCUUUACAUUGCCGUCCAGGCUGUGCUGGCGCUCGCCGCCUCGUGGACAUCGUCAAAGGUCACAGACAGGUCCUUGACCGGCACCGUUAUCGACUCCGGUGAUGGUGUCACGCACGUCAUCCCGGUGGCCGAGGGCUACGUCAUCGGCUCGUCCAUCAAGUCGAUUCCCAUUGCCGGGCGCGACAUUACCUACUUUGUGCAGUCGCUCCUCCGAGACCGCGGCGAGCCCGACUCGUCUCUCAAGACGGCGCAGGAGAUCAAGGAGGAGUACUGCUAUGUCUGCCCGGACAUCGUCAACGAGUUCGCCAAGUACGAUCGCGACCGCAGCCGGUUCUUGAAGCACGUGGUGACGCAGCCGGGCGGGCGCCAGGUCACGGUCGACGUGGGCUACGAGCGCUUCCUCGCGCCCGAGAUAUUCUUCAACCCGGAGAUCUACUCGUCCGACUUCCUGACGCCGCUGCCUGUGGUGGUCGACGGCGUCAUCCAGUCGUCGCCCAUCGACGUGCGCCGCGGGCUGUACAAGAACAUCGUCCUCUCGGGCGGCAGCACGCUGUACAAGGACUUUGGCCGCAGGUUACAGCGCGACAUCAAGCAGCUCGUGGACGCCAGGAUCCGCCAGAGCGAGCUGCGCAGCGGCGGCGCCAAGAGCGGAGGGCUGGAGGUGCAGGUCGUCACGCACAAGCGGCAGCGGCACGGUCCGUGGUUCGGCGGCAGCUUGCUCGGCCAGACGCCCGAGUUCCGGUCGUACUGCCACACCAAGGCGGAGUACCAGGAGUAUGGUCCUGGUAUCGUGCGGAGAUUUGCCCUGCUGGGAGGCCCCGGUGGUUCCUAA